AUGGUGUACUUCAAACUAGACGGUCGCCCCGUCAAAAACAUCGACCGCAAGGCACUGUACACCAGGCUCGAGGCCAGAAUCAAUUACCUCAAAGACUUUCUCGACUUCAAUUCAAGCGACAUGGAAGCCCUCGCCUCAGGCGCCAAAUAUAUCAAGACUUUAAUUCCGGCCGUUGUCAACCUCGUUUACCGCAAACUCCUCGAGUACGACAUCACCGCACGAUCAUUCCACACCAAGGAUACAGCAUCGGAUGCUCCCAUUGAGGAUUUCUAUAACGAGACCAGCCCACCGAUUAUGCGGAGGAAGAUGUUCCUGCGGUGGUAUCUGACGAAGAUCAUCUCCGACCCGAUGCAGAUGGACUUUUGGAGAUAUCUGAACAAGGUCGGGUUAAUGCACACGGCCCAAGAGCGCUUACAUCCACUAAAUAUCGAAUACAUUCAUAUGGGCGUCUGCCUUGGAUACAUCCAGGACCUCUUCACCGAAGCACUCCUAUCCCAUCCCACUCUAUCAACGUCGCGCAAGACCGCCAUGAUCCGAGCCAUCAGCAAGAUCAUCUGGAUCCAAAACGAUCUCAUCGCCCGCUGGCGGAUCCGGGACGGCGAGGAAUUCGCCGACGAGAUGUCUGAAUACCUCCUGGAUGAUAAAGAGGGGUACCUAGGUGACAAGAAGGUCCUUGGCGACAGCAGCAGCGCUUCCUCGUCUGGUUCGCGCGACGACGAUCGUGCCAGCAUCAGGAGCGGCAUGGCGCCGUCUAUUGCGCCUUCUAUUACGCCUUCUGUCGCUUCGGCGUGUCCCUUUGCUGACAUGGCGAAGCCGGUUUCGCAAACCAAAAUCUGGGCUGGGAAGUAA